UGUUUGCAAGCCUUUGCUUGGAAAUCGAGAAGGAAAAGAAAAAACUCGGCGAUUCCGAUCGAGAGCGGGAGAUGAUGGCGAGGGCUCCGAUGGUGGAGGAUGAUUACGAGUUGAUUUUGUGCAUGCAGACUGAAGAGAAAAAGCAAGCUGCUGCUGAUGUUCUCUAUCACUACUCGCAAUUUGUCAUGGUAUGCAUUGGGGAAGGAGUUCGACCAACUGAUCUUAGGUUGCACCUAAUGAAGGAACUUUCGGGACUGCCUUCAUCUUUGAAGAAAGAGCCUUUUCCUGCAUCUUCUUCUCCCGAUUCCAUAGGUGCAUCAUCGUCGGGGAUGGCGAAAGGCGAGAAAAACAAACUAAGCUCGUAGGCUUUUCGCAUCGAAUCAGAUGCAUGUAGCAUCAGUUGUUCGCGAUGAGAACUAUCAAAAAAAGCACCCGAGACGACGAAGUUCUGUAUUCCAGCGAGCAUCAUUUUGUAAAUAACAGAAACCGAGCCAAAGUAAUGCACCAGUUUUUGAUGCAAUAGCUGGAUCGGUAAGUCUUUUAGAUUUUUUUUGUUUCUUUUAAUUUUUUGAUAUUGUACUUCAAAUCGAUUGGUGACUGAUCUACUUCUCUUCGUUCGGUCAAUGAAAAACACUUACAUAAGUGGUUUCUAUAUCUUCAUAUGUAGCCCACAAAUUUCACUUUUACAUGUAUUAUUUCCUUGUGUACCCCUUAAAAGCUACAGUUUGUAUCUAUAUUCUUAGAGAUGCCUCAUAUUUGCAUAUAUACCCCUGGAAAUUGCUCAAA